AUGUCAAUUCAAAAAGCUUUACCAGUUCUCGUUCCAGAUGGAUUUUAUCAGAUCAAGGAGAUGCCGUUUAUCGGGUCAAAUACAUCCACGGCAUUUUUUACGACCGUGCUUUAUUUUUUAUCUGCGCUCGCCUUUUGUGGUUUGUUAUACUUGUACAGCUCAGAUUCACAAUCUAUAAACGAAUCAACCAUAACUAAAGAAUGGAAUUUAAACGGAUAUGAUUCGUGUAUUCCCUUACAGGGUGAUCCUCGUUACAACAUUUAUAAGAAUUAUUCUACUUGUCUCACAGACACCACUCUAAAAUUGGAUGUGUCAAAUCUCGUUCCGAGUACAGAGACAAAAUCAAUUGAACAAAGCGAAUACAUUCUCGGCGGAUUCAUGUGUAAGCCUAAGCAAAUCGAUGACCAUUAUGGUAUCACAGCAUCAUUUGAUGAGUGUGUUGAUUUAUUGGACAAAACUGUAGACCCUAGCAGCUUAAUUGAGCCGUACUCAGGAGAUCCGACAUUAAUUCAUUUUCCGCAACAGUACCUGAAACUAACGGCAUCUGAUGGUGCUUACGGAGAUUCUUUCGGUACAUCCAUCGCUUUCGACGGGAACACGGCACUCAUUGGAGCUAUUGGUGUUGACGAUAAUGGUUCUGAUUCUGGUUCUGUGUAUGUUUUCACGCGUACUGGAACAGACGACUCGACGUGGACUGAAACAAAGAAACUGACGGUAUCAGAUGGUGAAGAAAAUGAUCAUUUCGGUAGAUCCAUCGCUUUCGACGGGAACACGGCACUCAUUGGAGUUGAAGGGAUUGCUGUGUAUGUUUUCACGCGUACUGGAACAGAUGACUCGACGUGGACUGAAACAAAGAAACUGACGGCAUCUGAUGGUGCUUACGGAGAUUCUUUCGGUACAUCCAUCGCUUUCGACGGGAACACGGCACUCAUUGGAGCUAUUGGUGAUGACGAUAAGGGUUAUGAGUCUGGGUCUGUGUAUGGUUUCACGCGGACUGGGACCGACGACUCGACGUGGACUGAAACAAAGAAACUGACGGCAUCUGAUUGUGGAAAUAAUCGUAUGUUCGGUAGUUUAAUCGCUUUCCACGGGAACACAGCACUGCUUGGAGCUACUUUUGAUGACGCUGGGUCUGUGUAUGUUUUUACGCGUACUGGAACAGAUGACUCGACGUGGACUGAAACAAAGAAACUGACAGUAUCUGAUGAUGAAGAAGAAGAUUAUUGGGGAGAUUAUCCUAGUUAUUUCGGUAGAUCCAUCGCUUUCGACGGGAAUACGGCACUCAUUGGAGCUACUGGUAUUGACCAUCCUGGUGAUUUAAAAUGCUAUUCUGCUGCUGUGUAUGUUUUCACGCGUACUGGAACAGACGACUCGACGUGGACUGAAACAAAGAAACUGACGGCAUCAGAUGGUGCUUGCAGGGAUUCUUUCGGUAGAUUAAUUGCUUUCGACGGGAUCACGGCACUCAUUGGAGCUAUUGGUGUUGACGAUAAUGGUUCUGAUUCUGGUUCUGUGUAUGUUUUCACGCGUACUGGAACAGACGACUCGACAUGGACUGAAACAAAGAAACUGACGGCAUCCGAUGGUGAAGAAAAUGAUCAUUUCGGGCCAUCCAUCGCUUUCGACGGGAACACGGCACUCAUUGGAGCUACUGGUGAUGACGAUAAGGGUUAUGAGUCUGGGUCUGUGUAUGUUUUCAGUUCAAAUAAUGUUUUAUUGUCACAAAAUUCCGGUUCUCUUGUCUUUCGAGAUUAUAACCCAACCCGUUACACAGAUUUUUUGUGUAAUUCUACACUAGGUAUUUGUGCUGCACCGUGCUACGAAUACGCGCCAUUUUCAAUUUUAAACAGUCGAAUAUCUAUACAAUCAUCUGCACUGCAUUCUGUUUCAGAUUCUUGUGAUGGUACUGGUUUUUCAGUCAAAUACGGCACGAAAUAUUGUACGACGGAUCCGUCGAAAGCUGCGGCGUAUUUUGAUUGUCGAAAGAAUGCUAUUGGCACUACAUCCUUGUGCGAAUUUGCUAAGUUGAACGCUCCUUUUGAGUGUACUGCUCCGUGUUUUGAAUAUGCUCCAUUUGCAAAUGGUGUACCAAUUGAGGCAACAAUCCUGAAUUCUGUACCAGAUAAUACGUGUGAUGCUACUGGCUACUCAGUGAAAGAUGGUUCCAAGUUUUGCACUAAUUUAAAUGCGACGACGAUCUCCAAUUAUUUCGAGUGUCGAGCGAAUGAAAUCGGCGUUGAGGCCAUUUGCGAGUUUACGAAAUCGAAUGCGCCUUACGAGUGCCAACGCAAGGUUCCUCUACCUCCAUUGCAGCGUCUCUCUUUGGCCUAUGCAAACACUCUGAUUCUUUACUCUGGUUUAGCAUCCUUAUUUGCUGGAUAUAUGUAUCGCGUUGUGUCUAAAUCUGUUGAAGAAGAGAAUACCCGCGAGAUGAAUAAAUUUGAUGUGAAAAAAUCAAUUCAAAAAGCUUUACCAGUUCUCGUUCCAGAUGGAUUUUAUCAGAUCAAGAAGAUGCCGUUUAUCGGGUCAAAUACAUCCACGGCAUUUUUUACGACCGUGCUUUAUUUUUUAUCUGCGCUCGCCUUUUGUGGUUUGUUAUACUUGUACAGCUCAGAUUCACAAUCUAUAAACGAAUCAACCAUAACUGAAGAAUGGAAUUUAAACGGAUAUGAUUCGUGUAUUCCCUUACAGGGUGAUCCUCAUUACAACAUUUAUAAGAAUUAUUCUACUUGUCUCACAGACACCACUCUAAAAUUGGAUGUGUCAAAUCUCGUUCCGAGUACAGAGACAAAAUCAAUUGAACAAAGCGAAUACAUUCUCGGCGGAUUCAUGUGUAAGCCUAAGCAAAUCGAUGACCAUUAUGGUAUCACAGCAUCAUUUGAUGAGUGUGUUGAUUUAUUGGACAAAACUGUAGACCCUAGCAGCUUAAUUGAGCCGUACUCAGGAGAUCCGACAUUAAUUCAUUUUCCGCAACAGUACCUGAAACUAACGGCAUCUGAUGGUGCUUACGGAGAUUCUUUCGGUACAUCCAUCGCUUUCGACGGGAACACGGCACUCAUUGGAGCUAUUGGUGAUGACGAUAGUGGUUCUGAUUCUGGUUCUGUGUAUGUUUUCACGCGUACUGGAACAGACGACUCGACGUGGACUGAAACAAAGAAACUGACGGCAUCUGAUGGUGAAGAAAAUGAUCAUUUCGGGACAUCCAUCGCUUUCGACGGGAACACGGCACUCAUUGGAGCUCAUGGUGAUGACGAUAAUUAUUCUGAUUCUGGUUCAGUGUAUGUUUUUACGCGUACUGGAACAGAUGACUCGACGUGGACUGAAACAAAGAAACUGACAGUAUCUGAUGAUGAAGAAGAAGAUUAUUGGGGAGAUUAUCCUAGUUAUUUCGGUAGAUCCAUCGCUUUCGACGGGAAUACGGCACUCAUUGGAGCUACUGGUAUUGACCAUCCUGGUGAUUUAAAAUGCUAUUCUGCUGCUGUGUAUGUUUUCACGCGUACUGGAACAGACGACUCGACGUGGACUGAAACAAAGAAACUGACGGCAUCAGAUGGUGCUUGCAGGGAUUCUUUCGGUAGAUUAAUUGCUUUCGACGGGAUCACGGCACUCAUUGGAGCUAUUGGUGUUGACGAUAAUGGUUCUGAUUCUGGUUCUGUGUAUGUUUUCACGCGUACUGGAACAGACGACUCGACAUGGACUGAAACAAAGAAACUGACGGCAUCCGAUGGUGAAGAAAAUGAUCAUUUCGGGCCAUCCAUCGCUUUUGACGGGAACACGGCACUCAUUAAAAAUUAUGGUGAUGACGGUAAUGGUUAUGAGUCUGGGUCUGUGUAUGUUUUCAGUUCAAAUAAUGUUUUAUUGUCACAAAAUUCCGGUUCUCUUGUCUUUCGAGAUUAUAACCCAACCCGUUACACAGAUUUUUUGUGUAAUUCUACACUAGGUAUUUGUGCUGCACCGUGCUACGAAUACGCGCCAUUUUCAAUUUUAAACAGUCGAAUAUCUAUACAAUCAUCUGCACUGCAUUCUGUUUCAGAUUCUUGUGAUGGUACUGGUUUUUCAGUCAAAUACGGCACGAAAUAUUGUACGACGGAUCCGUCGAAAGCUGCGGCGUAUUUUGAUUGUCGAAAGAAUGCUAUUGGCACUACAUCCUUGUGCGAAUUUGCUAAGUUGAACGCUCCUUUUGAGUGUACUGCUCCGUGUUUUGAAUAUGCUCCAUUUGCAAAUGGUGUACCAAUUGAGGCAACAAUCCUGAAUUCUGUACCAGAUAAUACGUGUGAUGCUACUGGCUACUCAGUGAAAGAUGGUUCCAAGUUUUGCACUAAUUUAAAUGCGACGACGAUCUCCAAUUAUUUCGAGUGUCGAGCGAAUGAAAUCGGCGUUGAGGCCAUUUGCGAGUUUACGAAAUCGAAUGCGCCUUAUGAGUGCCAACGCAAGGUUCCUCUACCUCCAUUGCAGCGUCUCUCUUUGGCCUAUGCAAACACUCUGAUUCUUUACUCUGGUUUAGCAUCCUUAUUUGCUGGAUAUAUGUAUCGCGUUGUGUCUAAAUCUGUUGAAGAAGAGAAUACCCGCGAGAUGAAUAAAUUUGAUGUGAAAAAAUCAAUUCAAAAAGCUUUACCAGUUCUCGUUCCAGAUGGAUUUUAUCAGAUCAAGAAGAUGCCGUUUAUCGGGUCAAAUACAUCCACGGCAUUUUUUACGACCGUGCUUUAUUUUUUAUCUGCGCUCGCCUUUUGUGGUUUGUUAUACUUGUACAGCUCAGAUUCACAAUCUAUAAACGAAUCAACCAUAACUAAAGAAUGGAAUUUAAACGGAUAUGAUUCGUGUAUUCCCUUACAGGGUGAUCCUCGUUACAACAUUUAUAAGAAUUAUUCUACUUGUCUCACAGACACCACUCUAAAAUUGGAUGUGUCAAAUCUCGUUCCGAGUACAGAGACAAAAUCAAUUGAACAAAGCGAAUACAUUCUCGGCGGAUUCAUGUGUAAGCCUAAGCAAAUCGAUGACCAUUAUGGUAUCACAGCAUCAUUUGAUGAGUGUGUUGAUUUAUUGGACAAAACUGUAGACCCUAGCAGCUUAAUUGAGCCGUACUCAGGAGAUCCGACAUUAAUUCAUUUUCCGCAACAGUACCUGAAACUAACGGCAUCUGAUGGUGCUUACGGAGAUUCUUUCGGUACAUCCAUCGCUUUCGACGGGAACACGGCACUCAUUGGAGCUAUUGGUGUUGACGAUAAUGGUUCUGAUUCUGGUUCUGUGUAUGUUUUCACGCGUACUGGAACAGACGACUCGACGUGGACUGAAACAAAGAAACUGACGGUAUCAGAUGGUGAAAAUAGUGAUAUUUUCGGUAGUUCAAUCGCUUUCGACGGGAACACGGCACUCAUUGGAGCUACAUGGGAUCGAUCUGUGGCUGUGUAUGUUUUCACGCGUACUGGAACAGACGACUCGACGUGGACUGAAACAAAGAAACUGACGGCAUCUGAUGGUGCUUACGGAAAUUCUUUCGGGACAUCCAUCGCUUUCGACGGGAACACGGCACUCAUUGGAGCUACUUUGGAUGACGCUGGUUCUGUGUAUGCUUUCACGCGUACUGGAACAGACGACUCGACGUGGACUGAAACAAAGAAACUGACGGCAUCUGAUGGUGAAGAAAAUGAUCAUUUCGGGACAUCCAUCGCUUUCGACGGGAACACGGCACUUAUUGGAGUUUAUAAUUAUGUUUUGAGUUAUGGUGGUUCAGGUGGUUUUACUUCUGAUUCUAGUGGUUCUGUGUAUGUUUUCACGCGUACUGGAACAGACGACUCGACAUGGACUGAAACAAAGAAACUGACGGCAUCCGAUGGUGAAGAAAAUGAUCAUUUCGGGCCAUCCAUCGCUUUCGACGGGAACACGGCACUCAUUGGAGCUACUGGUGAUGACGAUAAGGGUUAUGAGUCUGGGUCUGUGUAUGUUUUCAGUUCAAAUAAUGUUUUAUUGUCACAAAAUUCCGGUUCUCUUGUCUUUCGAGAUUAUAACCCAACCCGUUACACAGAUUUUUUGUGUAAUUCUACACUAGGUAUUUGUGCUGCACCGUGCUACGAAUACGCGCCAUUUUCAAUUUUAAACAGUCGAAUAUCUAUACAAUCAUCUGCACUGCAUUCUGUUUCAGAUUCUUGUGAUGGUACUGGUUUUUCAGUCAAAUACGGCACGAAAUAUUGUACGACGGAUCCGUCGAAAGCUGCGGCGUAUUUUGAUUGUCGAAAGAAUGCUAUUGGCACUACAUCCUUGUGCGAAUUUGCUAAGUUGAACGCUCCUUUUGAGUGUACUGCUCCGUGUUUUGAAUAUGCUCCAUUUGCAAAUGGUGUACCAAUUGAGGCAACAAUCCUGAAUUCUGUACCAGAUAAUACGUGUGAUGCUACUGGCUACUCAGUGAAAGAUGGUUCCAAGUUUUGCACUAAUUUAAAUGCGACGACGAUCUCCAAUUAUUUCGAGUGUCGAGCGAAUGAAAUCGGCGUUGAGGCCAUUUGCGAGUUUACGAAAUCGAAUGCGCCUUACGAGUGCCAACGCAAGGUUCCUCUACCUCCAUUGCAGCGUCUCUCUUUGGCCUAUGCAAACACUCUGAUUCUUUACUCUGGUUUAGCAUCCUUAUUUGCUGGAUAUCUGUAUCGCUUCCCGUCGCAAAUUGAAGUCGAAGAUUCGGAUGAUUUUUGA